AAGUGAAUAGGUGUCACAAAAACCGCAAUCUCUCCUUAAAAAACCUACCUCCUUCUUUUUCUGUACUUUUGACCAACCUUAACCUUAACCUUCACAUUAACAUCUCUCUUACCUCUUCCACUUUCUCUCUCUAAAACUUUCUCUCUCCUCCACAUUUUCCCAAUUUUCUGCUUCUUCUGUUCUCUCAUCACUCUCUUCUUCACCUUCUCCCUCCCCCUUCUUCUUCUUCUUCUUCUUCUCUCUCUCUCUCUCUCACACUACUGUUAUCAUCUCAUUCCAACAAAACCCUAAUUUCACUCUUUUAAGGGAAAUUUGAAAACAGGAAGAAAAAAAUUUGAUCUUUCUUCUUUUGUGUUGUUGUGAAAAACUGUGAUUUUUGAAGGAUUAUUAUAGGAUUGGUAUAUAUGUCCUUCAAUCAAUCAAAAACCGAAAAGAACGACGCCGUUUAUCGAAAAUCUGGGCGAUCGUCUAGCUUUAAUCAGCAGAGAGGUCCCUCAGGUGCUUAUGGAAGGGGCAGCGGCGGGCCUGCACCGUCACUCUCCUCUAACAAGAGUUUUAACAAGAAGUCUAAUAAUGCACAAGGUGGGCAAUAUAGGGUAAACCCUUCCCCAGUGAAUUCAACAGACUCAAACAAUGCUCCUGCUGGUCGAGGCAUACAUAAUGGUACUCACGUGCAACCACAAUUGCAUGGAGCAUCUGAUGGGCCGGUUGCAAAGGCAUCUGAAUCAACAGCGCAGAGGAGCCCUAAAGUUGUUCCAAAUGCACCAACUUCUCAACCUCCCCCUGUUGUGAGCUCUGAUACAACCGCUCCUACAAGCCCUGCUAAGGGAGAUGCAUCAAAGGCGUUCCCUUUUCAGUUUGGAUCAAUUGUUCCUGGCUUUAUGAACGGAGUGGCAAUUCCUCCUCGUACAAGCUCAGCUCCUCCUAAUUUAGACGAACAGAAGCAUGCUCAGGCCCAUCAUGACUCUGUUAGAUCCGCUGUGCCUUCAGUGCCAAUACCUCCUGUUCCGAAGCAGCAGCAACCACCUAGGAAUGAUGCAGGUGUAACUGACAAAUCUAAUGCCAGGGAGACUCAUCUGGGGGCUAAGGCUAAAAAGGAUCCUCAGGUGCCAGUUUUGACCCCAGCAAGCCAGACACAGAAGCCUUCUGUUGUUCCCGUAACUGGGAUUUCAAUGUCAACACCAUUUCAGCAGCCACAGGCACCUUUACAGUUUGGUGGUCCUAAUCCACAGAUUCAAUCUCAGGGGAUGCCCUCGACACCCCUCCAUAUUCCUCUACCAAUGCCUAUACCAAUUGGAAAUGUUCCACAAGUGCAACAGCCGGUUUUUGUUCCAGGUCUUCAGCAUCAUCCAAUGCACCCUCAUGGGAUCAUGCAUUCAGGCCAUAACAUAAGUUUCACUCAUCAAAUGGGUCAUCAGUUGCCUCAUCAAUUGGGCAACAUGGGCAUUGGCAUGGGCCCUCAAUAUCCCCAGCAGCAAGGUGGAAAAUUUACUGGUCCUCGAAAAACUACUCCCGUCAAGAUAACUCAUCCUGAUACACAUGAAGAACUGAGGCUUGAUAAAAGGACAGAUGGAUAUUCAGAUGGUGGGUCAUCUGGUGCUAGGUCGCAUCCUAAUGUACCUUCUCAAUCUCAACCUGUUAAAUCCAUUGCCACUUCUCAGCCUACGAAUUAUUAUCCUUCCAGCUCAUAUGGUUCCAAUUCUCCUUAUUAUCAACCUAAUUCUCUUCCAUUAACAAGUAGCCAGAUAACUCCCAAUGCUCAGCCACCAAUAUUUAAUUAUCCUGUGAACAAUGGUCCACAAAAUGUGGCUUUCAUGAAUUCGCCGUCUCUUAAUUCUCAGCCUGUUAAUAAAGUCAGCACUCCUAUUCCUCGCAUUGCUGAACCCCCCACUGUAGAACGUUCUCGUGAAGUACCUAAUGUGAUAUCAUCAGCUCCAACGGGGGUGGCUUCUGUGACUAUUAAACCAAGUGGUGUGUCGGCUGUUGCGGAGUCAUCAUUGACUAAUUCUAGUAUAUGUGGUGUUCAAAAUAACGAGACUCCCAGUUCAGCAGCAUCUUGCGAUACUAGCUCCCCUUUACCACAAAAAGGAUCUGAAACAUUCUCGGAAAUCUCUACAGGAAAAUCUAAAUCUUCUGAGGAUUCUUCAGUUUUGAGUUCGUUGCCAAAACAAGCUGCUGCAUCUGUUGUCGGUGCCGAGAAGCUUACGAUGCCACCUUCUUCAGCAGUCACUGUGGAUUCUGUUUCAGUUGUGACUAAUAAUGAAGCCAGCAUGAGGGAACCUAUUAGCGGGUCCAACUCUUUAAAGGAUAACCAGAAGAAACCUGGGAAACAAGGUCAAUCAUCUCAAGAUCAGGACUCUGUGCAAUCUCCUCGAGCGGCGAAUGUGACGUCUGGAGCUGUUGAAAGUGGUAUAUCGGAUACUAAGGUUUCCACACCUGUAGGAAGUGAAACAAACCAUUCUUCUGCAGAUCUUCCCAUAUCUGAAGGAUCUAUUGCUAAAGCGGCUGAUAGUUUGAGCGAUCAUAAGCAUGAUAAGAUAGAUGAAUCAUCUGAAGAUCUGCAGUCUGCUGAUGUACCAGAAACAACAAAGGAAAUUAAUGACAGUGCAGAGAAUGCUUGCAGCGACUCAAUGUCUCUUUCAGCGUCAGGUAUCAAGGAUAGACCAAAUUUAGAAGCAAAUAAAGCAAAAGUUACAUCUAAAGGGAAGAAGAAAAGAAAAGAGAUUCUCCAGAAAGCAGAUGCUGCCGGGUCAACUUAUGAUCUUUAUAAUGCAUACAAAGGACCUGAGGAAAAGAAAGAAACUGUGUUAAUUUCAGAGAGCACAGAAAAUGAAUCUACAUCUGAAGGUUUAAAGCAGUUAUCUCCAGAUUCUGCUCAGUUAGAUUCUCCUGCAAGUGAGAAAUGUGGUCACAAUAAAGCCGAACCUGAUGACUGGGAGGAUGCAGCUGACAUGUCUACACCAAAACUUGGAGUUGAUGUUAAAUCUCAGCAGGUUAUUGAUGGAAUUGGAAGUACCGCAAAAAAGUACUCACGCGAUUUUCUUUUGAAAUUCGCAGAGCAAUGCAUUACUCUUCCUGAAGGUUUUGAAAUUACGGCAGACAUUGCUGACCCUUUGAUGAGUUUCAAUAAUUCUCGUGAUUCACAUCCUAGUCCUGGCAGAACUGACAGGUCAAGGAUGGAACGCCGUGGGAAUGUUGUGGCUGAGGAAGAUAGAUGGAAUAAAGGUGCCAAUGCUUUUCAUUCUGGGCGUGGUUUGGAUGGUAUUGGUAGUAAUAGCGGUCGGCACGGUCAAGGAAGAAAUUUUGGUGUUUUAAGAAAUCCAGGUGGACAGGUAUCCCCUCAGAUGGCUGGGGGUAUCCUUUCUGGACCAAUGCAAUCUGGGGGAAAUCAGGGUGGAAUGCAAAGAAAUAGCCCUGACGGGGAGAGGUGGCAGCGUUCUACUAGCUUCCAGCAGAGGGGUUUAAUUCCCUCACCUCAGUCUCCCUUACAGAUGAUGCACAGGGCCGAGAAAAAGUAUGAAGUAGGUAAAGUCUCAGAUGCGGAAGAGGCAAAGCAGAGGCAGCUGAAGGCUAUCUUGAACAAACUAACUCCUCAGAAUUUUGAUAGACUUUUUGAACAGGUAAAAGCAGUUAAUAUUGACAAUGCAGUCACUCUCACUGGUGUCAUCUCACAAAUCUUCGAGAAGGCUCUGAUGGAGCCUACCUUCUGUGAAAUGUAUGCCAACUUCUGCUCCCAUCUGGCUACUGAGUUGCCUGAUUUGAGUGUGGACAAUGAAAAGAUAACUUUCAAAAGGUUAUUAUUAAACAAAUGCCAGGAGGAAUUUGAGAGGGGUGAAAGAGAACAAGAAGAGGCAAAUAAGGCUGAUGAGGGUGAGGUGAAGCUAUCAAAUGAAGAAAGGGAGCUGAGAAGAACCAAGGCAAGAAGGCGCAUGUUAGGAAACAUAAGAUUGAUUGGAGAACUAUAUAAGAAGAAAAUGUUGACAGAGAGGAUAAUGCACGAGUGUAUCAAGAAGUUACUAGGUCAGUGUCAGGAUCCCGACGAGGAAGAUGUUGAAGCUUUGUGCAAGCUCAUGAGUACUAUUGGGGAGAUGAUUGAUCAUCCCAAAGCGAAGGAACAUAUGGAUGUAUAUUUUGAAAGGCUGAGAGUAUUAUCAAACAACAUGAAUUUAUCUUCUAGGGUGAGGUUUAUGUUGAAGGAUGUAAUUGAUUUGAGAAGGAAUAGAUGGCAGCAAAGGAGAAAAGUCGAUGGUCCAAAGAAGAUUGAGGAGGUACACAGGGAUGCUGUGCAAGAGAGGCAGGCUCAAGCUCAAGUUGGUAGGAUGGGUCGUGGUAUGGGAAACAAUCAAUCUGCAAGAAGGAUGGAUUUUGGUGCUAGAGGAUCAUCUAUGUUGUCUCCUCCUGCUCAGAUGGGUGGACCGCGUGGGCUGCCUACACAAGCACGGGGAUAUGGUUUACAGGAUGCUCGUUUUGAAGAAAGGCAAUCUUAUGAGCCUAGGCCCUUGUCAGUUAAUUUCCCUCAAAGACCCUUGGGUAAUGAUUCUAUAACAUUGGUACCCCAAGGUGGUCUUGCUAGGGGAAUGUCCAUUAGAGGAUCAACAGCUUCUCAUUUGUCAAUACCUGAUGUGCAUUCUAGCCACGGAGACCCUCACAGAAUGGCAGGAGGUAUUAAUGGUUAUAGUAAUUCAUCUGAGCGCACACCGUACGGCUCAAGGGAGGAUCUUGCAUCAAGAUAUAUUUCAGACAGAUCUUCAAGUCUAGCUGGAUAUGAUCAUUCAAGUGCUCCAGGGCAUAAUAUAAACUAUGGUAACAGAGACUUAAGGAAUGAUGAUCGGAAUCUCGACAGGCCUGUUACAACUCCACCUCACACUCAGUUGCAAGGGCCAAUUGUCUCCCAAAAUGCUUCUUCAGAGAAUGCUUGGCCAGAGGAACAACUACGGAACAUGUCCUUGUCAACAAUCAGAGAAUACUACAGUGCUAGAGAUGUAAAUGAAGUUGCUCAAUGCAUCAGAGAUUUGAACUCUCCAGCCUUUCACCCUUCCAUGGUUUCUGUAUGGGUCUUGGACUCAUAUGAGAGAAAGGACACUGAAAGAGAUCUUUUAGCCAAACUGCUUGUCAAACUUGGGAAAUCUCAGGAUGGCCUAUUAAGUCAAACUCAGCUUAACGAAGGGUUCGUGAAAGUUCUCAGUAAUUUGGAGGAUGAUGUUAAUGAUGCCCCUAAGGCACCAGAGUUUCUUGGCCGUAUUUUUGCAGAACUUAUAAUAGAGAGUAUAGUCAGUUUGAAUGAGAUUGGCCAAGUAAUACAUGAUGGUGGAGACCCGCCAGGCAGUCUCUUAGAAGUUGGACUUGCAGCUGACGUCCUCGGAAGCACCUUGGAGGCAAUAAAACAUGAGAAAGGCGACACUGUUCUAAGUGAGAUUCAAACAGGCUCAAACUUGCGGUUGGAGACUUUCCGACCACCUAAUACUUCUACUACAUCAAGGAAGUUGGAGAAGUUUAUUUAGAUGAUAGUUAUGCUCAAUGUAUGCUUUUUACAUACAUAUAAGGGGAAAUGAUUUUGGGUUAGACUCAACUUGCGGAGAUGAUUUUCUCAGUGAGAUGGGUGGGUAGAAUGAUAUAUAUUAUGGUAUCUUUUGUCUUAAUUGUUAUUUCUCCUAUAUCUUCACUGCAAUUGUAAAAGGCUCAAUUAAUCGUCAGAAUUUUUUAGGCUCAA